AUGGGCGCCUCUCGGACUGGCGUGCUGUGCCUUUUCCUGCUCUUCUCGAUGUUGCUGUCCGCCUUCGCACAGUACCCCCUCCGGAAUGAGUUCGACCUGGGCGAGAUGAUCAAGGACAAGCGGGACUUCUACUUUGGCGACAGCCCACGCGGCUUCGGCGGUCUCCGAGGUCUCCGCGGGAAGCGCGCCUACCUGCGCGGCUUCGGCGCCAAGGGGCUGCGCGGCAAGCGAUUUCACGCU